AGCUACAACGUACAUGUGCCGUCUGGCUACGAUCCUAAUAAAGCGGCGCCUCUCAUCUUGGCCUUCCACGGAAGAGGCGAAACUGGGUCCAACUUAGAAAGCGAGACUGGAUUCUCGCUUGCAAGGAUCAACCCCUACGGUAUUGUGGUCUAUCCUACAGCAAUCCAGGAUUCGAGUGGUUACACUACAUGGCAGGGAGAUCCAAGUUAUGUUGGUAACGGAACCAUCAACGAUAUGAACUUCGUCAGAACCCUAGUCGCCAACAUGUCGUCUCAGUAUUGCAUUGACACAAGUCGUGUCUUCGCUGCUGGUUUCAGCAACGGCGGUGGACUUGUAAACGUGUUGGCUUGCGAUCCAGUCAUGUCGACAGUGUUCAAUGCAUUCGCACCCCACUCAGGAGCCUACUAUACACAGACGGGCGACUCGAAUACUGUGUGUUUCCCAAACACUGUCACGACAAACGAUCUCGUUCACAGCGUGUGUAGCCCUGCGGGUCGCGUGCCGAUUAUCGAGUUUCAUGGAGAUAAUGAUGGAGUAAUUCCGUACUUCGGAGGUGGUCGCAGAGGUUACUGUCUGCCAGCCAUCCCUCACUGGUCUCAAGAUUGGGCUACACGCAACAAUUUGACGACUGACAACGUCACUACUGUAACAAAUGGUGGCAACGUGACUAAGGCGGAGUUUGGAUCUCUAGCUGGACUUCUUGGUCUCGUCACACAAUUCCGCCUCGCGAACUGGCCGCAUUCAUAC